CUCGAGGAUGCCAGGCUUUGGGUUAGUAUCCUGGACGACGGCAGCACUGUCGCUGCUGUCUUCAAAGCUCGUGCAUCCAGUGUACUUUCCAUAUCCCUGGGCACCAGUUCUCCAUGCAGCCAGGAUCUCUCUCGUAUUCCAGACCCUCAGUCGACGGGACAACGCCAACUGGAGGCGACUCCUGUGGGGACCAUACAUCUUUGGAUACCUGGUAGCAUGCUGGGGAGGGGGGGUCCUUUCACACCUGGCUAUGGGCCUGCCACCACCCCAGUUCUAUUCGUUCCACCCUUGGGUGAACUAUAUCACCGUUCACUUGGUCCUCACUGCUUUCUUCAACUUCUAUCCUAAUCUGCUGGUUCCCAAGAUUUACGACACUUUGUUGUUCCCGCUGGACGGUCUCCUUCGUGCACAUUCCGUUGUUUCGGCAGUAUCACUAUUCGCGUCGCCAUCCAUCUCCAACCCAUUAUCUGCCUUAUCGCAACCCAGCCCCUUCAAAAACAUGGACACGGCAUUUGGCCAUAUCGUUCUGGGCAUUCUCGCAUCCGCAGCCGGUGGCAUAACCCUAAACACUCUCUCGCUAUGGUCCGAGGAAUGGAGAUUCGCGACCCCGCCUAUCUUGAAGGCCAGUCUUUGGGGGAGUGCGGACGUCUGGGGUGGUGCUCUUGCUGCAAUUGUCUACUCCUCCUCAAUCCACUCCAGCGCAUUCCAAAUUCCAUCCCUCGACAGUCUCACGGCCGCCCACUUCCCACUCACUGUCAUCCCCAAGUUCAUCCUCCGAAUCUUCUUCAAGCCCAGUGUAGGAGGCUUUGGAGCAGGUCUAAACCAGGUCUCGCGGUUCUCCAUCCCAUUCAUCUAUAGUCUCUUUGGGCUGGCGAACACGAAGACAUCGUUUGUAGAGGCUGAUUCAGAGAAGCCUCCUACUCAACAAACGACCGCAGUCCCGAUGGGCCAGGUGGAGGCGAAGGCACUUGCUGCUAUCAUUUUGAUCACUAUUUUCGGUGCGCGUGUGUUGGCUACACAUUGGCUUACUUCGCCUCCAAAAGCAGGCCGAGGAAACAAGUCCAAAAAGGCCGUAACAGAGGUUUCUAAAGAAGCGAAGAGGAAGUGAUCAGGGCUGGUCUCGUGGUUGCCAGAACUGUGCUGUAUAUCAUUUGGAUGUAUCUUCCGCUUGACAUGUAUUAAUUCACGCUUUCUGUGGACA